UCAUUUCUGCUCCGAAUCUGCGCAACUGCGCAUGUCAAACAACACGUGCCGCUGAAGUGGCUAAUGUGGGGUUGUUUUCACUUGGCCACUAACAUUUUUCUUUAAACGUGUGCAGCAGAGCGACGCGAGUCUUUUAAAAUGGGAGGUCUACAAAAGAAAAAGUUUGAGAGGGGAGCUGCCACGAACUACAUCACAAGAAACAGUGCACGCAAGAAGCUGCAGCUGAGCCUCCCAGACUUCAGGCGACUUUGCAUCCUUAAAGGCGUCUACCCUCAUGAGCCAAAACACAAAAAGAAGGUGAACAAGGGCUCCACUGCUCCAAGGACCUUCUACCUGCUCAAAGACAUUCGCUUCCUGCUGCACGAGCCCGUCGUGCACAAGUUUAGAGAAUAUAAGAUAUUUGUCCGCAAACUAAAGCGAGCUUAUGGGAAAACAGAGUGGUCUGCAGUGGAACGGCUGAAGGAGAACAAGCCCACUUAUAAGUUGGAUCACAUCGUUAAAGAAAGGUACCCCACAUUCAUCGAUGCCCUCCGUGACAUCGACGACGCCCUCUGCAUGUGCUUCCUCUUCUCCACCUUUGCCAGAACAGGAAAAUGUCACGUGCAAACAAUUCAGCUGUGCAGGCGCCUCACUGUGGAGUGGAUGAACUAUGUGAUCACCUCUCGUGCUCUCAGAAAGGUGUUCCUCUCCAUCAAGGGAAUUUAUUAUCAGGCUGAGGUGAUGGGACAGCUCAUUACAUGGCUCGUGCCGUAUCAGUUCUCCCAUGAUCACCCGACAGAUGUGGACUACAGAGUCAUGGCUACUUUCACAGAGUUGUACACAACCCUUCUGGGGUUCAUCAACUUCAAACUCUACCAUUCUCUCAACCUGGUCUACCCUCCAAAGAUGGAUAUUAAAGCAGAAUCAGAGCUUAAAGAGGAGUUUGAGGAGGAUUACGCCAUGAAUUCAGAAAGCUACACAGAGAAACUGUCAGCUCUGAGUGGCAGCCUGGCUCGUGUGGUUUCCACCGAAGAGGAGGAGGAGGCUAAACUCGACCAGUUUCCUGCUGAAGGGGAGGACGUGGAGAAGAUGGAGGCCAGAGAGAAGGAACAGAAACAGCUGGAAGCUCAGAAGAAGCUGUUUGACGGUCUGAAGAUCUUCCUGAACAGAGAAGUUCCCAGAGAGUCGCUGGCUUUUAUUAUCCGGUGUUUUGGUGGCCAGGUGUCCUGGGACAAGUCUGUUAGCAUUGGGAGCACGUUUGACGUGACAGAUGAGACCAUCACACACCAGAUUGUUGACAGACCCAAUUUUGACAAACAGUACAUCAACAGGUAUUAUGUCCAGCCCCAGUGGGUGUACGACUGCGUCAACGCCAAAAUCCUCCUGCCCGUGGAGGACUAUUUCCUUGGGGUGACUCUUCCCCCUCACCUGUCUCCUUUUGUGGAGGAGAAGGAAGGGGACUAUGUUCCCCCAGAGAAGCUGAGGAUCAUGGCCCUACAGCGAGGAGAAAAACCUGCUCAAGAACAAGAGGAUGAUGAUGAGGAGGAAGAGGAAGACGACGACGAAGAGGAGGAGGAGGAAGGUGGUGAUGAUGAAGUUGAUGAAGAGGAAAAAGCAGAAGAAAAGAAUCUCAAAAAGAUGGAGGAGCAAAAAUCUCAGGGCAAGUCCCUGCAGGUUAAAGUCACACCUGGAAAAGUGAGGGCAGAGAAUCCGGCCCGCCUGGAGCAGGAGGAAAAGGCAGAGGAGAAACGUCUCGCUAUUAUGAUGAUGAAGAAAAAAGAAAAAUACCUCUACGACAAGAUCAUGUUCGGGAAAAAGAGAAAAGUCAGAGAGGCCAACAAACUGGCAGCCAAGAGGAAAGCACACGAUGAUGCUGAGAAAACAAAGAAGAAGAAGGCUAGAAAAUAACUUCUCGUGACGCUCGUUUCGAACGGACUCUGUGUUGAAUGGUUACAGGCUGAUGUGAUAAACCCUGCGACUGCACCGGAGAACCCUGCUCGGUGCAUGAACGCUGCAUAUUUUAACACAGAAAAGCAGGAUUCUGCAUAUUUGUGUAAUUGAUGUAAAAAUAGCUCCCUUCAUUUUUGUUCUGCAUCAUUUAAAGUCUUCAUUUUAAUUUCUGUGCUUUAAAAUCUUUUGCAUUUUUAAAUAAAAAGAUGAUGUAUUAAGUUA